AUGGUUGGACCCUUUGUGCAGGGUCUGUUUUUGAUCGGCAUCAUCUACUGGUACUCCAAGGGGAUGAUGUCGAUGAUCAACGACUACUACCGCUCCGAGUUUCAGCGCAAGUUGCAGACGGAAUCGGCGCCGCAGACCAAGGCUGAGGUUCCCGUCAAUGUGGACAACUUCAUGGAUUACGUCAGGCAGUUGGACCCCCCCGACGAGAUGGAGGCGAGCUAUACUCCAAGGGAGGGAUCUAUAUCACCGAUUGUAGGAAAGGCUUAUAGCCAUACACUCCUACGCUUUUUGGAGAUCACCGGCACUUUGCCAGCCAUUGAUGUUUGCCUUAACUUGAGCAGCAUAAGGUAGAUUAUAGAGUUACCUAUACUAAAGUUAAUUUAUUAAGUGUAUUUUAUAUGACUUUCGUAUAAUGAAUAUUCAUAAAACACUAUCUCUGCAUA